UAGAUGUUAACUCUGGAUGGAGAAGAUAUUAUGGUCUGUUAGCCUGCAUAUUCAUCAGAAGUCUGAUGGUCAAAGAUAUUUCUUUGAAGUAGGCUAUUGGUCUGAGAGCUAUUUGCCCAUUUUCCAUCUUGUAAUCCAGAUUUUGGAAUCAACAAAUAAUCAUUAGCUUCUGUUGGUAAAUAAUUAUAUGUUUAAUGGCCAUUUUAAGUUAAUAGUUCUGGCUUAGUGGAAAAUUAUGAUCCAAGCCACCUGAGUUCACAUGCUAUCAAACUUUCUUGGUUUUUCCUAUUAGAGGAAAGAAAAUAGGAGCAAAACAAAAGAAUACGAUUGGAGCUUUCUUCUCAACACAUGCCAAAGAAUAGACAACUACUAGAUAUUAUUGGUGGUAUACAUUUAUAUUCCUAAUGGUGCAUGAUGCUGUAUUUAUUAAAAUGUAUAAUUUAUUAGAUUACACUUUCUUUGAUUCACAUGGAUUCUACAACAUUUCCUGUUUUUGUUACGUUCACGCCUUUCUACCAUUUUAAUGAAGUAUUCUUAUUGUGUGUCACAGGCGGAGGUCCCAAAAUCAGCAAGAACAGGAUCUGGACCCAUAAGAAAGAUGCUUUUAACUACUUAAGAUCUUAGUUUUGUUGGGUAUACAUAUAAAAAAUCUUAUGCCGUCAAAGGGUUACAUCAGUCAUUUGGUACACUGUUCUAGUCCCCUCGUGUAUUAUCCAUACUGUACUUCGGCUUCAACCUGUUCCUCAAAGGAAAUUUCCUUUUCCCAAGAUUUAAAAAAAGUGGCUUACCAAGAAAAUCAUCCACAUACAGCGUUCACAAUGAUUCUGCAGUUGACUAUUCAAGUACACUAAUGAGUAAUGACAACCAAGGAACUCAAGUGCUUGCAUCAUCAGACGAUGCCAUGUCACAGUGAGCAGUGUUCAUCCCUUUCCAUAUACAUAAAGCAUCUUGCAUAAACUGCACUAACAAGCUCGUCUUCUUAAGACAGGAGAGUCUCCCUCCUUAUUUCCGCGCUAGGUAGGAACUGUGCCAUUCUUGAAGUUAGCUGUUGUGUUUGCACUUUGCAGAACUUCCGAGUGUACAGUCAUAUGACUCAUAUCUGCAAAGCAUGAGGGGAUGUCACUUGAUGGGUCUGGUUGGUCGCAAUAGUUUCAGACUGGAUAAUUAACUUCUCUUGUGGCUGUUUCCGAUCCUCAUUCCAAUCCACCCUACGUCCUUUCCCUUUUCUUUGAACACGAGACUGGUUCCAAGCUGUCCUGAUGUGUGUUUACUAAUGUCACAGACUGAUUUUGAAUGAAAUCUUUCAUCCUUU